AUGCGUAUUUUGGAAACAGCUAUUAAUCGUGAAAUUGAUUUUCGAGUGAUUAUUGUUGAUGCUCGUCCGCAACAACAUGGUCUUAAAUCUGCUCGAAGAUUAUUAGCAUUAAAUGUUAAAUGUACUUAUGUACUUAUUAAUGCUGUACCAUUUAUUAUUUCAGAAGUAACAAAAGUAUUAUUAGGUGCACAUGGUUUAUUAGGUAAUGGUUAUGUCAUGAAUCAAGUUGGUACAGCACAAAUAUCUCUUAUUGCUAAAACACAUAAUGUACCUGUACUUGUUUGCUGUGAAACAUAUAAAUUUUGUGAACGUGUUCAAACUGAUAGUUUCGUUGUUAAUGAACUUGGUGAUCCAAAUGAUUUAGUUGCUGAUCAUCCACUUCUUCGUGCAGCUAUGUCAUCGUCAUCAUCAACAACACAAAAUUCUAAUUCAUCAAAUUCAAAUUUAAAUAUUCUUAAUAUGACAUAUGAUGUUACACCGCCGACAUUUAUAAGUGCUGUUAUUACAGAAUUAGGUAUAUUACCAUGUACAUCAGUAGCUGUUGUUAUUCGUAUGCAAAAUAAACAAUUAGAUGAAAUAUGUGGACAAGAGCAACAAUCAAUACCAACGACCGUAACAACAACAUCAAAUGUUAAUGUUCUUUCUUCUCCUUUAGAACCUGUUCAAUAA